AUUGGUAUUGGUAUGAUGUGACGUUUGCAGCUUUCAUUAGUUUGACAGACGAUACACGGCAAACUUUAUUUAUCAACAAUUUGUCAAGUAUCUGUGUUUACUAAGUGAAUCGUCUGAGUACCUCACCAAAUUGUUUCGAGUUUUACGAGACAAAUUCAGUGCGGAUAAAUUGCUAUCGAUUGUUUAUAUUAGGGGGCAAAACUUUUGCAAAUAUCGAGUUAGUCGCAGAGUAGCAUUUGAACGAUAAACACCGUAAAAUCAAGUGUACAAGUGAUAAUGGCAUCGUAUUGGCAAGGAUUGAAGAAACCGCUCACCAGCAGUGGCUUGAUGAAUACCAAAUUGUAUUCGACCGCAAUUGUAAACAAAGAGGUCAAAUCGGCAACAUCCAGCUCACAAGCAAUUCAUUUGUCGGCUAAACAAAACUAUCCACAAGCUGAACCGUUACCAUUGCCGAUUAACAUUGAUCCAAAUGAAUCGAUGAGAUUUUCACCGCAGCGUGCUCGUGACAUAACAUCGAACACGAUUGCAACUAAUAUUUGGAAUGCUCGAUCCUUUGACAUUACCAUUGAUUCGUCAAAGUAUGACAUCAAAUCGGAUGCUGAUCCACAUGUUGGUUCGUACGACUGCACUGGUGCCGUGAGCUUGAAUUCAUCCAUGCAGAGCAACGUUCCAAGCCCAUUCGGCGGUAUGCAUAACUACACGCAUCUCAAUAUGCCGGGCGGUCAAUGGGCACAGUGUAACAAAUGGAUGAGUCACGACCUUCAUUCAUCCCACUACACUAACUUGCGUCGUGAAGUUCGUAACAAUAUGUUGCAAGAUGAAAAGAGUGUCACUUUGGCAAAAGGUAUGGUUGUACUUAAGAAUAGUAAUUUGCAUGGAAAAUCAUCAUCAUCCUCAUCAGCUAUGUGGAUGAGAAUGUCUCAAUCGAAUGUAAUGCGAUCUUCGUUUGCCUGCCUAUCUUCAAUCAAUCAUUAUUCAUCGUUGUCUCAUUUGAAUGUUGCAUCAAAUCAAACCACCCAUCGAAUGUUUUCGGAUAAGAAGGAUGUUGUGAAAACCGAUGAGCUGAAUAAGGAGAAUGAAACAAAAACCCCAGAAGAGCCAGUUGCUCUAACGGCUAGAGCAAAACUGAAAAAUGCCAUCAAAGAUUACGGCUCAACGGUUCUUGUGUUCCAUAUCGCGAUCUCACUGGUUUCGCUGGGCAUCUUCUAUCAAUUGGUCAACAGUGGAUUAGAUAUGGUGGCAAUAUUGGAGUAUUUGGGCCUCGGUUCGACCAGUUCAACAAUAACAAAUAAUGUGGCUUCUGGAGCCAGUACAUUCGUAGUGGCCUACGCAAUCCAUAAGGUGUUUGCACCGUUUCGUAUCAGUAUCACAUUGGUUUCGGCUCCAUUCAUCGUUCGCUAUCUUAGGAACAAAGGCAUUCUAUCUAUGAAGCCAAAAAUCAAAAAGCAAUGAAAAAAAAAUCCACAAAUUUUUUUGUUAUAAUUUUUUAUUCAGAGUAUAUAUUAAUAAAUUUUUUGAGAAAACCAUUCAAUUUUAAAAGCCAACUGAACUGUUGUUCUGCAUAUCAAAGAGGAAAAAAUAAAGAAAGGAACUGUUGAACUGCA